CACACUCACUAGUAUGCCUUACCGCCUUAUAUGAGUCAUACAGGAGGAGAAUAGUCAUAGGAUCAAACCCAUCACACACACACACACACACACUCACUUAUAACAACAGGAGCUUUUACAAACUCUUUGGACGUUAGACUGUUAUAUCAGACAUACAAAAAUACAGACAUCUGUUCAAGAACAAUAAUUGAUUAUAGGCAAAAACUAAAGCGUCAUUGGAAGAAGACAUGGAUUUCCUUAUAUAUUCUCUGAUGUUGAUGUCUGUUCACUAUAUUUCAGCUGAUAACACUGAAACCAACGUAAUGACGACCUUACCCACAACACAAGGCCCCAGCAGCACAGCUGCGACAUCACAAAAAACAACCCUGCAAAGUCAUGUGGCCAUAAGCACGGAGAAAGAAAAGGAGCAUAUAGAGGCAACUUUGACCCCACUUGUCAGUACAAAAGGGCACACCUCCGGUACUAGCUCCUCCUCUCCCACAGAGGCACAGCAAACUGGCACAGCAAACACUUUGAUGGCGUUCCACUCCACAGCCUCAUCACCGAGAUCCAUAACAAGCCCAGGUUCUCAAAAUACUCCACACCCAUCUACCUCCAGCUUAAAUCCACAGUUGUCGGAGGCAACAACACCAACCCUAAGUAACUCCCUAAAGGACUCAUUACUGAAACCAUCUCCCACUCCUACUACACAGCCAGGAAGUAGCCUCACCAUGCUGGCCUUUGGAGUGAUGGGGUUCAUUCUCAUUCUCAUCGUCAUCAUGGUGAUUUUGGUGACAGCUGUAAAUAUGAAAGGAUGGUGCAAUAACGACGAGGAAAAAGGUAAAAAGAGUUUGGAAUCUGUCAUCAAUGACAGCAACUUUACAACCAAUGGAGAGAAGGAGAGCAUCACACUUGUCUCUGUGAGGACCCUUAAUACAGAAACUGAUACGGAUUCUCCUCACCUCUCAUCAGUCCACAGUACAAUAUUAGACAAUGAGGAACUAUAGAGGUCUGCAAAGAUGAACUAAUCUCAGAGCCUGAACUCUAAGGCUACAGCUGGAUGAAUGAAGAGUCUGCAGCAAAUCCACAAACACUUAAAAAUGCAAUUUUGUGUUGUUUAAAAAAAAAAAAGAAAAAAGCAUGAAUUAGUCUGAUGAGUGAAUAAAUAUAGUUAUUUUUAGUUAUUUAUUUAGUGAUAGGACAGAGUCAAAAUGACUGGUUGAUUGACUCUAUGCUACUCCAGUAGCCUGACGACUGCUAAAUUGAGAUUGAGUGUCUAGAAAGGUUUCAUUAACUUUCAGCUUCAAGGGCCAUAACUAGCAUUGGAAUUAAAUUGUGUGCAUUAAACUCUUA